AUGGUAUUGGAAUACAAGGCGUUUGGAUGGUCGAAUUUUUUGAUGGUGGCUGCAAAAUACUUUUUCACUAGAGUGAAAACCCCAUUUCAGAGAAAAUUCACCGGAGAAACUUUUCCGGCAGUGUUAUCUCCGGCAAUGCCGGCACGUGCUUUGCCGGCGGCCGUCAAGGAGGAGAAGAGUUCGCUCGAGUCUCUCCUGCAGAGACACGGCGCCAUUCUAUUCCGUGGCUUCGAUUCUACAGCCACAGCCGCUGACUUCAACGACGUCGUUGAAGCCUUCAGCUACGAGGAGCUGCCGUAUGUCGGCGGCCCCGCUCCCCGGACUGGAGUAGUCGGCCGGGUUUUCACGGCCAACGACGCCCCGCCUCAUCGGAAAAUCCACUUCCACCAUGAAAUGGCACAUCUGCCGUUGUACCCUCGGAAAUUGUUUUUCUUUUGCGAAGAAGAAGCGGCUUCCGGGGGAAAAACGCCGAUACUUCUAAGCCAUAUUGUGUAUGUGAGGAUGAAAGAGAAAUACCCGGAUUUUGUUGAAAAAAUAGAGGAAUUGGGGUUGAUGUACACAAGAUUUUUAGAGGGAGAAGACGAUACUUCAUCUGCCCUCGGUCGUGGCUGGAAAUCUAUGUUUCGAACCACGAAUAAGAUUGUGGCUCAACAAAGGGCAGCAAAGCUAAUCGCAAAGCUGGAAUGGACGGAGAACGGAGUGAAGAUGACAGUGGGGCCCGUCCCGGGAAUUAAAGGGGACGAAACAAGGCCGCAUCGAAUAUGGUUCAACUCCAUGGUAGCUGCUUACACGGCUGAGGGGGGAGACCGGAACGAUCCCAAGAAGACGGGUGUGAGUUUUGGCGACGGAGAGCCUUUGCCGGAAAAUAUAAUCCUUGAUUGUAUGAAAAUCAUGGAAGAGGAAAGCAUUGAUAUUCCAUGGCAGAAAGGGGACAUAUUACUGAUUGAUAAUCUUGCAGUUCUUCACUCGAGAAAACCAUUCACCCCUCCACGUAGGAUUUUAGCUGCACUAUGCAACUAGCUCAUGCAUCUUUAAACAAUUACUAAUAAAACUUCCUCUUUCAAAACAAAAUAGUCCAUUUUUAUCAUUUUGGUUUGUCCACUAAAAUUUACUCUCUUCGUCCCUCGUUAAGAGUUCUAUUUUGCUAUUUUUAA